AUGGCGACGAGAUCUGAUUCCGGUGAAUGUAUUGGGGCGGAGAAGAAUUCGAUUUCUCGGGAUGAAUCUGCAGAAGACUCGCUGAAGAUCGUCUCUUUGCCGUCACUAAAGAGCGACUCUGUUGGAGAGAAAAGCCCAGAGAAGCAAGUGAAGUCUUCGUCUUGUGCUUCUGUUUCUGAGAAAGAUGGAGAAAUUACCCAUUCGGAUUCUGUUGAAGUUUCUUUCUCGGAAUCGAGCUCGUUGCUUUCCAAAGAACCCGAAGCGAUGGAUGUGGAUUGUCCUGGCUCAACGUUUCUUGAAGAGAAAAGGAUUGGUGAGGAGCUGCAGCUGAUUAAGGAGACAUACGAUGCAAACAUCUCUGAGAUUUCUACAAAAGGCGAUCAAUUUGGAGAUGAUGUGCACAAGAUGGAGGAAGAAGCUGUUGACACUGAUGGGUGCGUUUUUUCUACCUCUGAGAUUCAAAUUGUCCCUGAUGUGAAAGAAAGUUUGAAUUCGGAGAAGAAGGCACAAGAUUCUGAUGCUCAGAGACAUUUGGAGGCGGAGAAGAGAAGAUUGUUGGCUGAGAUCGAAAUUGGGACGAUUUUCGGGAAGAAGGCCGAUGAGGGCAUGCUCGCUAACACUCACGAGAUCGUCAAGAAUGGAAAUGGGUCUAAAGAGCAGCAUGAGAAGACGGAGAGAGUGAUAGUGAAGGACAAUGCUUUUGUUGGGAGAUCUAUGAAGAUCGAUUUGGUUGAUGAUACUGCGUUGCUCAAUGUUGUGCCUUUCUACAAGAAGGGUAAAGAUCAUCCUAAGAGGCCAGGAACUGCAAACACUGAGAAAGAUGCACCAAGAAAGCAUAAGAAAAUCGGAGAGAAGCCAGUUGGUGGGAAGCAAGAUAAGGGAAACGCUUCUGAUGCGUCAACCAAAGUCUCUGGAUUUGAGAACCGUGGAGAAGCGAGUGUGCGGAUUAUGUACUCUAGAAAGCAAAUGGAGUCGAUGAGGUAUGCUCAGAUUGCGAAUCAGAAGAAACUGUGGAGUGACAUGUAUGCUACGCUAUUGCCUGAGCUUGUGAAUGAGUACGAAGGUUUGGCUAGCUUGAAGAAUCACAAGACUUCAAAGUCUAAUCCGAGAGAGAGUGGCAUCGGUAUUCUCGGCACCAAAAAAGGAAUGGAUGACUUAACUCUUGAAGAAGAGGAGUACACUGAAGAGCAUGACGAUUACACUAGCAUUUUGAGACCCGCGUUUGCGGUGGAUGGAGAACCUGAUUUUGAUUCUGGAGAGCCAGAAGAUGGGUUUGAAUACUUAAGACGAGUCAGGUGGGAGGCUAAGCGAGUUCCAAAUGUUAUAAUAGCCAAGAUAGAUGAGACCAAGAAGCAAGAACAGAGUGUUUACAUGCCACAAAUCCCUGAAAUCCACAAAUGCCCAGAGCACUUGUUGCCAGUGAAGGAAUGGGAGGACUCGCUGCUUUCCGACUUCUUAAACCUUCGAUUGGCUUUAUCUCCAGAUGCCAACGAGAGCUGCGAGGAUGAGAUGAUGACGAGUCCUUGUGUAGAAGAUGUGCUCAUGGAGGUAUUCAGUAAGCGUCUCCACACAGAGAUGGAUGAGUCAUUCGGUGGAGUGGUUUCAGAGAUACAAGGAAUGGACUCGGUGACGCGUGUCUCAAGGCUGAAAAAGCGUAUAGGUUUGGUUGAGAAGGAGAGCGGCUUGCAGAGCAGUGACUUCAAAUGGGUUGUAGCGUUGUGUGCAGCAGUGGACACUCCUUUGGAUGCUGAUACUUGUGGUUGUCUCAGGGCUCUUCUGAGGAAGUGUGCGAGUCUUCGUGCGUCAGAGGUUGAAGAUGAACAAGUCAUCGUCAUGGCAAAUAUGCUCAUCACCAUCGCAGGCAGGUUUUUUGGCCAAAUGGAAUCAGAGAAGAUGUUUGUUGACAAGUGA